AUGUUAUCAACAUUAUGGAAUCGUAGUAUUGUUAGAUAUGGUGACAAGCAGAGACAACUGUUGAAGUUGAUGCCCAAGCAUCGUCACUUGGUAUCUCAAUUCAAUGUUGUUCCCCUGGCAAAGGGACUGAACAUCAGUCCAACUUCAAUGUUCACUGUAGCCAACAACAACAGUAACUUCCUACUAAGUUCUGACAAUCGACAUUUAGGUGUACUCAAGUACUCAUCACAAUCAUCAUCAUCAUCAUCAUCAUCGUCAAAGGAUCAACCAAAGACAGAAGAACAACAUACUACAUUCGUUAUACAAGGUCCACCUCCACAACGACCACCUCCCCAGGACAAGAUUGAUUGGAGGCUGACUGGUGAGGGCAGGACAUUCUCCAAUGCCAUCCUCUUCUCAAUUGGUUUGGCUAUAUCAUUGGCCGCACUUGGUUCAUUGGUACUAUCACAAUCAGAUGAAGACCGCAACAGGACUGACAAGCAGUCCAAAUACAGAUACUUUAGGAAGAUGUUAAGCUACUAUUGGUGGGCGCCACCCAUUGGACUAUGGAUAAACAACGGCGAGUUGGACGAGAUCAUCAAUGACUUCAAGGCUGGCCAGUUGACUGAUGAGGGUAUACUGUUGUUGUAUCAGAUCUCUGGCUUCCGUGCAGGACGUCAGAUACUGUCUCAAAGGGGCGUGGUCGAGACCAUAUGUGAGCGUGUCGAUUCAUACUUUGAGGCACCAGAGCCUGGUUCUGAAAGCGAUCAGAUGGUGCUGAGAUACCAGCCCUCCACCACCUUGGCACUUGAGCUCAGUCUAUUGGUCAACCUCACAGUGUUCAAUGGCCAAAAGGUGUCAGAGGAGACCAAACAAAAGAUACUCCAACUCAAGAAGAUCCUCAAUCCAGGACAACAAAGACCCUUUGACAACGACUUUCUCGUUGAGAAGAGUCAACUACUUGGCCGUGUCCAAGAGGUGUAUGAGAGCCCUGUUGGAUUCGUUGGCUUGUUGGUAUUCGCUGUUGGUGGCGCAUUCACAGCGUUUGCACUGCUGCGAAAGCAGCCACAAUGGGUCCGUCAGAUAGGAAUGCGCAACUCUGGAGUGGCCUGUGCAAUGGUGGCCAGUCUGCACUACUAUAGGAACAUGUCCUACGACAAGUUCAUCUCGACAUCUCAAUCAUACAACAGUUAUGUGGCCAAGGUUGAGCUGUCCUCGCUCAUAUUCAGCACUGGACUGAUCAUGGUGGCCGGACUACCCUAUCUCUUCUGGAUCGUGCCAUGCACGGCCAUGUACUUUGGACACAUCCUCUACCAAUCGGUCAAAGUGAUAAACAUGGUCAAGAAGGAUGUGGAGCAGUCCAAGCUUAUCAAGAAGAGCAACAGUCCAUUCGACGACUAA